AUGAAAACAGUUUUUAGUAAUAGCGGAAAUAAAGGUGUUGCUGUAAUCGGUGUUGGCUUUAGACUACCAGGUAAUUCAAAUAGUCCAGUAGCUCUAUGGAAUAAUUUAAUUAACAAGUUUGAUGGUAUUGUUGAUACAUCAGAAAGAUGGAGUGAUAAUUAUUAUUUUAACAAAGAUAUUAAAAAUCAUCAUGCUGGUUUAAUUUCACUAGACGAAAUCAAACAAUUUGAUCCACUAAUGUUUUCAAUAUCACCAUCUGAUUGUGAUACCAUUGAUCCUCAACAGAGAUUAUUAUUGAAAUGUGUAUGGGAAUCACUCGAAGAUGCACAUAUUGAUCCUAUUAAACUACGUGGUACAAAUACAAGUGUAUAUGUGGGUUUAUCAACUAAUGACUAUCAGAAUAAUUUAAAAAAUUCAGAGGAGGUUUUACCAAAUAUUUUUGGGUCUCAUAGUCAUGCUGCUUCAAAUAGAAUUUCAUAUUGCUAUGAUUUUAGAGGUCAAUCUAUGUCUAUCGAUACUGCUUGUAGUAGUUCUUCAACAGCAAUUGCAUUAGGAUAUCAAAGUAUAGUAGAAGGUAAAUCUAAUUAUUCUAUCGUAGCUGGUGCCAAUUUGUUAUUGGACGAGACCUAUCCAAAAGCUUACACAUAUUUAAAUAUGCUCAGUAAAAACGGUCGUUGUAAGGUGUUCAGUGCAGAUGCAGAUGGUUUUGGAAGAUGUGAAGGUGUUUGUGUUGCUGUUUUAAAAAAUCUUGAACAGGCCAUUAAUGAUGGUGAUAGGGUCUAUUGUGUUAUUAAUGGAGUUAAUUCAAAUGCAGAUGGAAACUGUGACAAAAACAACUUUUAUUCACCAUCAAAAACUAGUCAAUAUGACAAUAUUAAAGAAAUGUUCAGACUAUGUUCAUCACAGGUUACCGAGUCUGAUGUAGAUUUUGUAGAGUGUCAUGGUACAGGUACACCAACUGGCGAUCCUAUUGAAGUUGAAGCAAUUUCCAUGGCAUUUAAACAGUACCACAAUCAACAAAAUCCAUUAUUAAUUGGUUCAUUAAAAUCAAAUAUAGGUCAUGUUGAAUGCUGCUCAGGUAUUGCUUCAUUAAUAAAAUGUUGUUUAAUGUUUAAACAUCGUCAAUUUGCUCCAAACAUUAAUUUUAAUACACCCAAUCCUGCUAUAAAGUUUGAUGAAUGGAAUUUAAAAGUUAUUACUGAGGUAGAACCAUUUCCAUCAAAUAAAAAAGUAUCGAUGAUGAUUAAUAAUUUUGGUAUCACAGGUUCAAACGUAUGCAUGGUGUUGUCAGAGUUAGGUAGAGAAUCAGAAUCAACAUAUUAUCAAUAUGAAGAAAACAAACAAUAUUUAGUACCAUUCUCAGCCAACAGUAAACAAUCUCUCAAUCUUUAUAUAUCAAGUAUUCAAAAUGAUAUUAACAAUUUAUCAAGAAAUUGUGAAUUUUUUGAUUUUGUCCAAUACCAAAUCUUUUCAAAAUCAACAAAACUUUAUCAAAGAUCAGUAACAUUAGCCAACAAAUGGUCAAGUUUAAAGAAUACUGAUUCUUUUAUUAAAACAAAUAACUCAAUUACCUCAAAUUUAAAAUUGUCUGAAAAAGAAAAUAUUGACACCAAUAUAUGUUUUAUUUUCAGUGGCCAAGGUACUCAAUGGAAUGGAAUGGGCGAACAGUUGUAUACCAACGAUUCAUACUUUAAAUCAACAAUUGAUUUAAUAGAUUCAAAGCUAAACAAAUAUUAUGGAUAUUCAAUAUUAGAGAGGUUAAGAUCAACCAACGAUGAAACAAUUAACCAUCCAAUUAUCGCACAACCAUCAAUUUGUAUGAUUCAAAUCGCUCUUUUUGAAACAUUAACAAAACAAUGGAAUAUUAAUCCAAAUUAUAUUAUCGGUCAUAGUUUGGGGGAAUUAACUUCUCAAUACUUCUCAGGAUCAAUCGAUUUAGACACACUCUGUUAUAUUCUAUAUCAUAGAUCAAUUGCUCAACAAAAAACAAUAGGAUCAGGCAAAAUGCUAUCAAUAAACAUCAGCAUUAAUCAGUUUAACGAUCAAUUUUCAAAAGAAUAUCCAACAAUCGAAAUCGCAUGUUAUAACUCAACAAAUUCAAUUGUAAUUGGUGGUAAUGAAGACCAACUAAAAGAAAUUGAAUCAAAAUUAAAAAAUCAAAAUAUACACACUUCAUUCUUAAAUACUCCAUCAUCUUUCCACACAUCAAGUCAAGAUAAAGUUAAAAAAGAUCUAAUUGACCUCAAAUUUGAAUCAUUUAAACCAAAAAUACCAAUAUUAUCAACUAUUUACCAAGAUUUCUUUAAUGGUCAAGAUAAUAAGUUUAAUUCAGAAUAUUGCUUUAGAAAUAUUAGAGAACCAGUUUACUUUACACAAACCAUUCAAAAACUAUAUCAACACAUUGAAUCCAAUCAAUCACGCAAAAAUCUAAUUUUUAUUGAACUGUCACCACAUUCAGCAUUAGCUUAUCAUAUUAAACAAAUACAACCACCAUCAACACAAUCAAUUCAAUCAACAGUUUUAACCACAUUAAAUAAAACUAAAGGAGAUAUCAACCAAAUAUUCCAACUAGUAUCCACACUAUACUGCAAUCAUAAUUACCCAGUUAAUUUUACAAAUCAAUUAAAAACCAUCAACAAAGAUUAUCAAACUUCUUUACAAUAUAAACAUAAAGAUUUAAAUUUACCAAGAUAUCAAUGGGAUGAUAAAAUAUUUUGGAGAGAAGACUCUACACAGAAACAAAACAGACUACAAGGCCCUGCUAUUGAAAUAUUAGGAAAUAAAAACACAACAUCACCAUUUAUAACAUAUAAAACAACUAUUGACAUAGGAAAACCUCAAUUUCAAUAUUUAAAAGGUCAUCAAGUUAAAGGCAAAUACUAUUUUCCAGGUUGUGGCUACAUAGAAAACAUUAUUAACUCAUUCCCAAAUGAAGAUUUAAUAAUAUCACAUUUAGAAUUCAAAGUACCAUUAAUAUUUAUUGAAGGUGUCAACAAACAAUUGCAAACCAACAUCUAUCAAACAUCAAAGAAAGACUAUAGAGCUCAGUUUCAUUAUUACGAACCCAAUACAAAUAAAUGGAUUCUAUCAUCUUGUGGUAACUUUCAAACUUUUAGAUUUACAAAUGCAAAUGAAAAGAAAUUGGAUAUUGAACAUUUAAAAUCUAAAUGCAACUUAACAAUGUUAAACUCUCAAACCUUCUAUGAUCAUAUUAAGGUUAAAACUGGUAUUGUCUACACUGGCUUCUUUAAAUCAGUCAAACAAAGUUUUAUUGGAGAUAAUUGCAUACUAAAUCAAGUUAAAUUUAAUCAUAUUCAUAAUAAUGUCAAAACAAUAAUCGACUGUGCUACUUUAGAUUGCUGUGCCCAUGGCGCUCUGUGUUUAAUUGAAGAAAAUACUCAGUUGGUUUUCGAUAGAGUAGAAAAUUUUCAGUUCUAUUCUUCAAACCUACCUAAAAACUAUUCUUCAGAUCUAUUUGUAUUUUCAAAAUACCAUGGAAAAAAAGGUGAUUCGUUCGAGUUUUCAACUACUAUAAUGCUAAAUGAUGGCACAGUUAUCUUUGAAAUUGAAAAGAUUACAAUGACAUCAACAAUACAAGUAAUGGACCCAUUAAAGAUUCAAUACCCACAAGAAGAAUUUCAAACAACAUAUUUACAGUUAAAAGAUUGUGAAGUUGUAACAAAUUUAGAAUUGUUCAAUCAUCAACAAAACAACACUGAGUGGGAUAAAGAAAAUUAUUUCAAGUUUAUUCCUUCAAUCAUUUAUUUCUGCAUCAAAAAUAAAAUACCAGAUUUAAAAAUAGAAGAUAUCAAACAUAAUACCAUACAAGUGUUAAGAGAUAGAUAUUUAACGAAUCAAAAACAUUCAAGACUAUUUAAUUUUGUAUUUGAAACAAUUAAAGAAUACUAUCAACAAGAGUAUAUUGAAUCUGAAUGGAAUGAAGAAAAACUAGUUUUCUGCAAUAUCAUAACAAAAAGCACUAAAAUAAUGGUUGAUAUAUUAUUCCCAUUUGGAGAUAAAGAGUUAUUAGAAACACCAUCGUCCCUAUAUGAUAAUGGCCUUUUAGAAGAAUUUUACCUCCAUCCAUACUACACAAGAAAUCAAAAAAUAUUAUCAGAUAUUCUGAUAGAUUCAUUGAAUCCAUUAAUCAAGAAAAAGAAUGUUAUUAGAAUUUUAGAGUUUGGUGGUGGAACAGCAUCAUUAUCCUUUGAAAUUUUAAAUAAAAUUAAUCAAUUAUUAAAAAGUAAAGAAUCAAAUGAAAUCGAAAUCGAAAUCGAAUAUACUUUUAGUGAUGUCUCCCAAACAUUCAUAUCCAGUGCAAAAGAAAAGCUAUCAUCCUUUGGUAUCGAUAAUGUUUCGGUUUUAUUCAAAACAUUGGAUUUAGAAAAUAACCUUAUCAGCAACCAACAGCUAAAACCAAACUAUUAUGAUUUUGUUGUAAUGUCAAAUGUAAUACAUGUAGUCAAGAAAAUAUCAUUUGGUUUAAAUGAAAUCCAUCAAAUAUUAAAACAUAAUGGAUAUUUACUAUUUAUCGAACCAUGCUACAAAUCUUUAGUUGGAGAUAGUAUAUUUGGUGUUUUUGAUCAAUGGUGGUCAUUUGAAGAUACCGAACUUAGAACCGACAGAUGCAGUAUGACUGAAGAUCAAUGGUAUAAAGUAUUAUCCGAGAAUAAUUUCAAAAACAUUAAGAUGUCAGAGAGUAAUGGAAUUUCAAACAUUUUAAUCCACUCUCAAAAACAAGAAACCCAGUCUUUUAUCAAUACAAACAAUAUAGUAUAUAGCGAUAUUAAUAAUAAUAACAACCAAUCAUUUAUAAAUAAUCUUUUAAAAGAUCAACAAAAUCAAGUUGUUAUAAAUACAAUUGAGCAAUUUAAUAAUAUUUCAAAAGAUAUUAAUCAAGAUACAAUUAUAUAUUUUACCAAAACUAUUAAUCAGUUAAAUAUCAAUAAUUUUAAACAAAUUACAUUAGAAUACAUUAAAAUUGUUCAAUAUUUACUUAAAAAUAAAUUAACAUCGACAAAACUAGUUCUAUUAUCAAAAAAUUGUUAUUAUAAAGAAUCAUCAAACUAUUUAGCAUCAUCAGUAACUGGUUCAUUCAGGUUCUUUUUAGAUCAACUCGAUACAUUAUUAUUAUUUUCAAUUGAUUUUGAUGAUAAAUCAUUAAUGAAUAUAAGUAAUAAUCAACUCAUAAAUCAACUCAUUGAUACAAACAAUACAGAAAGAGAAUUUAUUAUAAGAGACAACAAAGUUUAUAUUGAAAGAAUAAAAUUUGAAACAAAUAUUUUCAAUAAAUACACAUCUAAUUCAAUUGAGAAACUUAAUGGCAAUAAUAAGGAUAACCUACAUUCAAUUUUAAAUGAAAAUUUAGAAUUUCAGUUAGAAUCAAAGAAACAAUUAGGUGAAGAUCAAAUAGAGGUUCAAGUUCAAGCAAUUGGCAUUAACUAUAAAGAUUACUUGGUUUAUACUAGAAAUCUACCGGCUGAACUCAUUAAUCAUAACUCAGAUAUCCACACUCCAGAAUUUGGAGUUGAAUGUUCAGGUAUAGUUAAAUCUGUCGGUAAAAAUGUAGAUAAUUUCAAAGUUGGUGACCACGUCUAUACUCUUAACGUCAGAACAUCUUCAAGUACCAUAAUUUUAAACAAAAAUCAAAUAUGCCACAAGCCAAACAAUAUAACAUUUGUUGAAGCAGCUUCAGUACCAGUGGUAUAUGCAACAUCAUUUUAUAGUAUAUUUAAAGUUGGUAAGUUGGACAUGGAUGAUCAAGAAUCAAUACUAAUCCACUCAGCUACUGGUGGUGUAGGUUUAUCAGCUAUCGAAUUGUUAAAAUGGAAAGGAUUCAAAUCACAUUUAUUUGUUACAGUUGGUUCUGAAGAAAAAGAAAAAUAUUUGAAAGAUAGAUACGGAUCACUUAUUACUGGUAUAUAUUCAACUAGAAACAAAGAUUAUGUUCAACAAAUCAAACAAAAACUAAAAGAAUUAGGAUCCAAUAAACAAGGUGUAGAUGUUAUAUUAAACACAUUGCCUGCUGAAUAUUUAGAAUCAAAUUUCAGAUGCUUAAACAAAGGUGGAAGAAUCGUCGAUUUAUCAAUCACUCACCUUAAUCCAAAUGAAUUUAUCGACUUUAAUAAAUUUAAAUACAACUACACCUAUUCAAAUGUUGAAAUGUAUCUUUUAGACUUUGAGUAUUUAAAUGAAAUAUUAAAAAAAAUAAGUGAAGGUAUUUCAAAUGGAUCAUUAUCAUUAAUACCAAUUACAGAAUACUCAGUACUCAAUAUCAAAGAAGCAUUCGAAUAUAUUAAUCAAAGAAAACACAUUGGCAAAAUUGUUGUAAACUACGACAAAGAUAUUACAAGUCAUUUGCUAAAGAAUAAAGAUGAAGGCACCAAAGAAACAGAUCAACCAAUAAUCAAAUCUAACUACACAAUCAGUUCAGAAAUCGGUAAAACUAUAUUAAUCACAGGUCAAAGUGGAAUUGCAUUAGAAAUUAUUAAAUGGAUUUCCAAAUAUUCAAAAUCAGUAGAAAACAUUAUUAUUCUAUCAAAAUCCACAUUAAAAUGGGAAUUAGAAUUAUUAAUGAAUAAAUCAAAAUCCAAUAGCAAUAAAGCUAUCAACUAUUAUUUCAAGAGUGUCGAUGUCGAAUAUCAAGACCAAAUAGAAACAGCCAUCAAUAAUAUAUUCAAUGAACAUCCAUCUUUAAAUAACAUUGACUCCAUAUUCCAUUAUGCUUUUGUGCAUGAUAUAUGUGAACCAAUAAACAUUGAUACUGAAAGCAUAAACAGAUCACAUGGUGCUAAAACUAUAGGAGCAAUCAAUCUACACGAAUUAUCAUUGAAAUACAAAUGGAAUGUAAACAACUUCAUAUUGGCAUCAUCUAUUUCAUCAUUAUUUGGUAUUAUGAACCAAUGUACCUAUGUCUCUGCAAAUUGUGUAUUGGAUUCAUUAGCAAAACACAGAAAAUCACUUGGUCUAUCUGCCUUAUCUGUAAAUUGGGGAAAUAUUGGCACAUCAGGUAUUGUAGCAAGAACAGAAUCAGUCAGUGAACUAUUAGAUGGAAUUGGUUUAGAAGCUAUGCCCAUAAAUAUUCAUUUAGGUGGAUUAGACCUCUUACUUCAAAAUAAACAAAAAUUACAUGAAAAUUAUAAUAACAUAAUAAUAAAUAGAAUGAACUUUGAAAAAUUACAAUAUAGUCAUUUAUAUACCCACAAAUUUGGUUUUAAAAUUAACUCUUUAAACGAUCAAAAGAAAUCAACAAAAGUUAAUAAAAACGAAGAACACAUCGAUGAAUUUCAAAAUGCUGUGCUUUCAAAAUUAGCAGAUUUAUUAUCAAUAAACGAAUCAAAUAUUAAUACAAAUACCAUACUUUCAGAUUUUGGAUUCGAUAGUUUAUUGGUGGUACAGGUAAAAAAUUGGUUAGAUAAAAAGUUCAAAAAAAACUUGUUUAAUAUUUCAGAUCUCCAAAAACUUUCUAUUAAUGAUAUUAUAAAAAAAUUAAUUUCACAAUAA